GUGCCCUCCGCGGCCGCUCCGGCAGCCGGCUCCUCCUUUCCCUCCCUCCGCCGCCUCUUGCGCUCUCCCGCUAACUUUCGCGAGCCCCGACCCGCGGCGCGGAGUUCCCCGCGGCUUCGCCGCCCACUGCAGACCGCGGGCUGCCAGCCGCUGCGCCCCGUACCCCAUCCCCGCGCCCCUGGCACGCUCCGGAGACAACGCGACCAUGCCCGGGGCCGGGGGCCGAGGCGCAGCCCGGGCGAGAUGGCUGGGCACCGGGCUUUUGGGUCUCUUCCUGCUCCCGGUGUCCCUGUCGCUGGAGGUGUCUGUGGGAAAGGCCACCACCAUCUACGCUGUCAAUGGCACGGAGAUCCUGCUGCCCUGCACCUUCUCCAGCUGCUUUGGCUUCCAAGACCUCCACUUCUGGUGGUCCUACAACACCAGUGAUACAUUCAGGACUCUCAUAGACGGGACGGUGAAGAAUGAAAAGUCUGACCCUAAGGUGAAGUUCAAAAAUGACGAUCGCAUCACUCUGGAGGGCUCCACUAAGGAGAAGAUGAACAACAUUUCCAUUCUACUGAGGAGCCUGGAAUUCAGCGACACAGGCAAAUACACCUGUCAUGUGCAGAACCCCAAGGAGAAUAAUUUUCAGCACCAGGCCACCAUCUUCCUCCAAGUCGUUGAUAAAUUGGAAGAAGUGGACAACACGGUGACCCUCAUCAUCCUGGGAGUCGUGGGUGGGGUCAUUGGGCUCCUCAUCCUCAUCCUGCUGGUCAAGAAGUUCAUUGCCUUCAUCAUCAAGAAGACUCAGGAGAAGAAGAAGGAGUGCCUCGUGAGUUCCUCAGGGAAUGAUAACACAGAGAAUGGAUUGCCUGGCUCUAAGGCGGAAGAGAAACCACCAACCAAAGUGUGAGCCCCCGCUGGGGGCCAAGCAGCCGGCCCGGGCCUCACUUGCUGAUGAUAAACUGAUGCUUGAGCCACGUCCGUGAACCCACGUGCCUGAGACACCUGCUGCUUGGCUCCAACUGUAGUCUUUCUGGGGAGAAACUGGGGUCCUGCCCAGCCUGCCCACCCCCUCCCAGCCAGGGCUCCCCAGGGAUGAGGGCUGGCCAGGGGAGGGGGCCUGUGGAGAGUUCAGGAAAGGAAAGGAGGGCUGGGUGGUGUGGAGGGUGGGUCCCCUAAUACAUGGGGUACCUGGGGUCUUCUUUAGUCUCCUCACCCUGUAUGAGCAAUACCUUGGUUUUCCUCCAGAUUUCUCUUUAAGAGAGGCUUGGGGGGAUCAGCGAGGCCUGCCCUAAUAGCUGGACCCCAGUGAAUAAUAGUGUGGAGAUCUAACCCUUUUGGUGGUGGAUGUGGCCUAGAGGACUCUGUACAGGAGCCGGGGUGGGAGCCUGCUGGAGGGGGCCCUAUAGUGAGAGGCUUUGAUGGAUACCUGAUCCCCCAGGUCCCUCUAGUAAGGCACUUCCCUCCCCCUGCCACAAGGUG